AACGUGCAAACAACAUGAUGCAGAUCAGUAUUGUUUUUUCGAUAUUAUAUAUUCUGUGUGGAACAACAUCCUCCCUUGCCUUUGUUUUCGAGGACUGUGGUUCGGAGGCAGGCAAAUUCGAUGAGGUCUCAAUUUCAAGCUGUGAUGUGUCCGAUGAAAAAUGCACGUUACCCCGUGGCACAGACAUAAAAGUACUCAUCAAAUUUACACCAAACAAAGAUAUCUCGGACAUCACAGCACAUGCGUUUGGUGUGUUGCUCGAUGUGCCUAUACCUUUUCCCCUGAAAAAUUCUAACGUGUGCAAAGAUCCAGAUUCCGGAGUCCAGUGUCCUUUAAAGAAGGAUCAGAAAACUGAGUUCAAAAAUACAUUCAACGUGGACAAGAAAACUCCUGCAGUAAGCGUCGAUGUUAUGUGGGAAUUUAGAAACGAGAAGGACGAGAAGAUUAUAUGUAUAAAAUUCCCGGUGAAGGUUGUAUAAGAAUGCAACUGGAAUUUUUGUAGUGACCAUGACAGUUAUUGCGCCCCAGUAUUCAAGUGUACACGUUAUCUAUAUUAAUUAUUUUUAAAUAAUGAAUCUCGCUGCAUUUUCCAUGCAUGUCGCAAAUUCCACUGAUUAAAAUUGUAGGAAUAAUAAAUGAUAAAUGAUUGAUUUGUA